ACGAUCGAGAUAAUAUUUCGACUUAAUUACUUCUUUACGUGCUGAGGUGUUUAUCAACGAAUCGUGCCAGUUUAAAUACGACCCGGGCGAAGUUUUGAGGGCCUUAAAAGCUUAAUUACUUGCGAGGCGAACUGCUUUAUCGAUUGCACAUCCCUUUCGUAUCCUUUCGCGUUAAGUGUACGAGCUAGUAAUUCGAUAAGGAUCGAAAAAUGCGCGGAGAUUUUACUAUGAGUUUUUGUGACAAUGAAACGAGCGUUCGGUAUGUGAAUGCUUUUUCGCAAUGGAAAAAGGAGUGAUUGUAUAUUGAAGUGUAUUUAAAAUAGCAACAGUCAUGUAUGGGAUGUUGAAUAUUGGAUGGAAUGAAGGUAAUAAGGUGGAAUGGACAACGGUAGGCUGGAAACGGUCCCUCCAGGGACUCUACACUUGGACACUGUAAGGUCACUUCAUCAAACUGUGGUGUCUCUAAGAACCGCUCUCGAAAUAUCUAAGAACGAACUUAAAGAAUUGAAAGAAAAGUAUCAGGAACAUUCACGUUGUAUAGAAUAUGCUGACGUUAUAGAAAAACUAACUUUAGAGAAUCACAUAUUACGACGUAGAAUUAUUGACUCUGAUGAUAUAGGAAGUAAAUCUCACAAGAACACAAAUUUAGAGGUUUCUUACAGCCCCAAAGGAGACAAAAUUAACGACAGUUAUAGGAGUGAAGUUUUUAUUAAAACACAAUCGACCGAUGAAAUUGUUGAGGAUACAAAUUAUAAAACAAUUGAACUAAAAAGUUUUGAGAAAUUAGAUGAGAUAAUUGAAGAGUCCAAAUCUGCAUCAAUAGCUUCGGAUAAUACUAAUUUUCCUGUUGCUACUAGCAGUCCUAUUGAUAAUAAUUCUGAUAGUCAAAUCUUUGUUCCUAAAGAAGAAUCUGAUGUAAAUACACCUAGUUUUAAAACGAAAUUGGAAUUGUUGUCGAAAUUUGAUGUUAGGAUUACAGUAAAGACUUUGAAAGAGAGUAGUGCAAAAUCAAGUACUACGUCUGACAGUGAUUCUACGACUACGACUGAAGAAAGAAAAGAAAAAUCAACUGGAAAAGCUGCUGACUCAAAAAAGUACCAUUUCGAAGAGCAACGAGAACACUUCGAAAACUUAAGAAAUCAUAAAGGUGAUAAGAUUAAUUUUAAAUCCGUUUCUACGGAGAAUAUAAAAAUGGCCGUGCCAAAUGAAGCAGAAGUAAAAUCUAAAACUGAUAAGUUUGAUGUUCAAGUGCGCAUCACAUCCGAGGAUAAUCUCGUCGUUAAAGAAACUAUUGAGAGGUCGAGGAGAAAAGAUACGUUAAACUUGGAUGUGGACAAUUUAAGUCUUCGAUCAAUGUCGGAAGGCGAUAAUUCAGUUUUCUCUGAAGGCGGAACAACUCCGAUGGAACAGAAUACUGAACCCGAUGAUAAACAAGAUCAGGAAAACGGGAGCGGCAACGAGUCUGAGGAAGUCGACGAUAUAGAACUUAUAUUUACGACGGAUGAGUCGAAGGAUAUGAGCAAUUUGCAGGAAGAUCUCGUUUCAAUACGAGAGACUGAUCAAUGGGUUCCCGCCUCUGAUUCUACGACUCAUUCGACGCCUGUUCUGAUCAAAUUUCAUACCCUGGAUCCAGACUUUCAACCAGGAAGUGAUAUCAGUAAUAUAAGAAAAGAGAAUCAAGAAAACAGUCCAUGUUAUGCAGCAGAACCAUCGCUAAGAAUGAAAAGGGUAUCUUUGCCUAACGAUAAAGAGAUAAAACAUGUUGGAUUUAACGAGAAAGGAACUCUCGAACUGCCCGGUCGUGGAAUUCUAAAGAGUUAUGAUAAUAAGUCUGAUAAUAUGUUAUACAGACGUAGUCCAAAUACAAGUUCCAGGAGACUUGACAGUAUUGAUAGCCUAACUUGCGAAUAUAAUCGUGGACUCAGUUUUGAUAACACAAAGUCUUCGAGCUACGAAUUAGGGUCUAGUCUAGAUGUCUUACAUAGAGAGGAGAGUGUGGAUAGCUUUUAUAAGCCAAGAAUGGGACAUCGGUUUUCCGUGUUUGCAGAAACUGAUAUAUCGAAAUGUGGCAUUUCGGAGGAUGAUCUUGCAAGCAAUCUCAAUACGAGGCGUAAUACAUGCCCCAACCCUUUCCAAUAUAGACCCUUGAUGUCUCGCGCUGGAGCCCGCACGGGUUACAAAGCUGUCGGUCGUCCUCGACCAGUUGUGUACCAGGGAUUCGCCCCUCGACGCGAGAACGCUGCACAGACUGAUGUGUCCGCUCUCCCACCGAGGUGGACUUCGGAUGGCUAUUUAGCCUAUAAGAUGAACUCAACUCACCCGACGGUGGCGCCUACGCUACCACAGCGCACAAGCACCACUCGUCGGCUUACCAUUCCUGAUGCGCGGCCACCACCACCACAACGACGCACUGAUGAAGCUCGUCGAGUCCUUCUCAGUGACAUCGGAUUUACGUCCAUGGUUCCUGAGUUGUCACGCUCAGCCGAGCCGCUGUGGACACGACGAGCGGCCGGCGUUCAUGAUCCUUCUCAAUCACCCUCCAAAUAUCGCUACCGUUCUCCGUGUCUGAGCGUAGAUCGAAGCAAUGAUUGGACUCAAACAGCAAACAUCGCUUCCGUUAAAGGUGUAGCUUGGCGCGGAUCGUUACCAGACGUUCGUCGGGAUGACACUGAUGAACUUUUACAGGAGACCGAAGCUUUCCUUCGUCGCUCUAUAGAUAAUUUGCGCUCCACUUCGCUUGAAAUGGAUAGUUCCAGUGAACGAUCAGGUCACCCAUACAUCCCAGCUGAGGCAAGGCAGUUGCGUCUCGGACACGCUGUAAAACUUAUAACCCCACAGGGAAGACUUGCAGUAGGACGUGUCAGAUACGUCGGCCUCGCAGGCGGUACCGCUGCAAAUAGCGGUAUAGUUGUCGGUGCGGAGUUUUCAAUGUCUCAGUACCCAGGAAUGCCUCGUAAUGAUGGUACCUAUAAUGGAAGGCGGUAUUUCCUCACUCCGCCACAAUACACUGCUCUGUUUGUACCCUUCUCGAAGAUAGUUAUGGCGUGGGCCAACUAGACUCAUGAAGGGUGAUGGAAAUCAGGCACGAAGGACCAUUUUUAGACUUUUCAAAUAAAUGUGAAGUUCAUGUUAAUUUAUAUAAAUGUGUUGUCUUUAUACUCAUCUAUGUAGAAAGGCCUAAUUAACGCAUAUUAUGUAACAACACGACGGGAGAAUACCUGCUGGAAUUGAUGAAGGAAUGUGAAUAGAUAUAUUAAAAACGUGAUGCU